AGUUUUGUGGAUUAUGCUGAUCGUCAGCUGCAGCCUUUGGGCUUUAGCAAGAGCCGCCAAUGAGGAAGCCGAGGAAGAAGAGUGUCCUUCCUUGGUAAAUGCCACAACCCUGCAACAGACCCAACUUAUUCAGCGAUUAACACAUGUCUGCCGCUACGAUCGACUCGAGAGGCCAAUCGAAUACGACCCUGUGACGUUAAAACGCCUGCCCAUCGUGGUAAAGACACGAAUUUACGUGUACUUCCUGCAGAAUCUCAACUCCGACCUGCUGCAAUUCAAAAUGCACGCCCUCCUGCAGUUACGAUUCCAGGACAUGCGGUUGGCCUACAAGGUUUUUGGCCGCGAGGGCAACAUCAUGGGGCAGAAGCACCUCAGUGAGCGCCUCUGGCUGCCGCACAUCUUCUUCGCCAACGAACGGGAGUCGAGUAUCCUGGGAACGGACGAGAAGGACGUCCUGACCUCCCUGACGCCCGAGGGCAACGUGAUCAUCUCCACUCGCAUGCAGGCCAGUCUCUACUGCUGGAUGAACUUCCAGAAGUUUCCCUUCGAUCAGCAGUUCUGCUCCACCAUUCUGGAGAGCUGGAUGUACAACACUUCCGACUUGGUUCUGGAGUGGGAGCAGGACAAGCCCAUCUCAUUCGACCCGGAAAUGCGACUCACUGAGUACAACAUGGCCGACUAUUAUCACAAUACCACGGUGGUGGAGGCGGAUGGAAUUAAUCUGCGCCAUGGAGCAUUUACUGGUAACUACAGUUCGCUGAGCUUCACGGUCAACCUGAAGCGUGAGAUCGGCUUCUAUCUGCUGGACUACUAUCUGCCCUCCAUGAUGAUCGUAGCCAUAUCUUGGGUGUCCUUCUGGCUCCAGGCGGAUGCCUCCCCGCCCCGAAUUAUGCUGGGAACCAGCACCAUGUUGUCGUUCAUCACGCUCUCCUCAUCGCAGAGCAAGAACCUUCCCAAGGUGAGCUACAUAAAGGUGUCGGAAGUGUGGUUCUUGGGCUGCACCUUCUUUAUCUUCGGCAGCCUGGUGGAGUUCGCCUUCGUGAACACAAUUUGGCGUCGCAAGGAGAACAUUGAGUUGAAGAAGGUCAACAGCAAGUAUAUCAUAAAAUCAACUCUAACUCCGCGACCGGCACGUCGCCAAAUCGGCGGAAGUUUGAGCAACGAUUCCAGGGCAAGAUCCUGCUCCAGUUUGGACAACAUUGUUUCGAGCACGGAGAGCGUUCGCAAUGGCAAUGGCACUGUGAAUCCCGCAUUCAACAACUACCUGACAGUACACCCCAAUUUGCCGAUCAUCAAGACCGAGUGCGCCGAUACCGUUUCCAUCUGCAGUGAGCGAACAGCGAGCAACGAUCACAUUGUGGAUGUGGACAAGGAUAAAAAGGACACACCGCCCACUUUCACAACCAUGACCCCGCAGGAAAUCGCCAUGUGGAUCGAUCGGCGAUCCCGGUUCCUUUUCCCUGCGAUGUUUUUGGCCUUCAACGCCCUGUAUUGGACUUUUGUCUACGUUUUGUAAGCGGAAAUGGCCGCCUUUAAUGUGAAAUCUUGUCUAUUUGUGUAGUCCUUCUCACGCAAAUAAUUGUUAAAUUGUAAGAUGCAUCAUCUCAUAGCUGUACAAAUGUUAAUCAUUAAUAAAGCAAUAAAACCAUAAAUGUAAACCAUAA